UUUUUAUCAAAAAAUGGCUGAUAUUGAGGAUACUGUCGAAUCCAUUUGUGAGAACUACUCUGGAUACAUGAAAUUCGGGAAGCUCUUCACUGUGAUUGAGAAUAUAUUCAAGAGAUAUGACAUCUCGACUGAUGACAACAAGUACAAGCUUGUCUCUGAGACACUUGCCAAGAUUUAUAAAAUGGCUAUGGACGAAAAGAUGUAUGGUGUCGCUGAAACCGCCCAGAACUAUUGUGAAAGUCUCGGAAUCCCUGCCUCUAGUAUUGGUAUAGACACUGCAGAGAUUGUUAAGCAAACAGAAGCAUUUAAAGCCAAGAUAGAUGCAAAGAAGAUUGAGAUUGAGAAAGCAAAGAAAUCCUUAAAGAAGGAUAUCGUCAGAAUUGAGUACUAUAAUCUUGGAGAGCUCUUUUAUGAAAACGGUAGCAUGCAGAAAGCUGCAGAGGCUUAUAGGAUUGCUUACUGAUUCUCCAUCCACACAGAAGACAUCGUUUCUUCCUCUAUUAAGCUCGGAAUUGUAUCUAUUUAUAAUAGAAAUUAUACAUUUGGGUUGAAAUUUGUGAAGGAAGCUGUGUUUAAGGAUCUAGAAAGCCCUCAAGAGCCCAAAGUAUCUCAUCUCCUUAGCACUGUAUUUGCUUUAUUACAUCUUGGAGCAGGAAAUUUGAGGGAAGCUGCCCAAUGCUUAUGGGAAAGACCGAUCUGUACACAAGAAGAGCUCCCUAUAUUUGGAACAGAGAAAGAUCUUGCCUUCUAUGCUAUCAUCAGUGGGUUGCUGACACUCCAGAGGAAGCAGUUUAAGGAGGAUUACUACUCAAAGCCAAACUUCAGAAUCUUGUUAGAAAAUUAUCCUGAAAUGCUUGAAUUAGGAAGUACAUUUAUUAACUUUGACUUUGAUAAAUACUUUAAGUUGCUUUCUCAGUUCCAGGAAGAGUUCAGAUUUGAUUUUUAUCUGUCUAAGAAUUUCUUCUUCAUGAUGCAGAAAUGUAAAAAGAAGGUCCUCGUAACUUACAUCACUCCUUAUAAGACAGUAGAUCUCAAAGAGAUGGCUGAUAGCAUUGGAAUGAGCAUUGAAGAUACUGAAAGAGCAGUCGAGGAGCUUAUAGAGACUAAUGAGAUUAAGUACAAGAUUAAUAAAUACAACAAGAGUCUUUCAGCCAAGACUGAGGAUUACAAACUUGACAGCUUCAAGAAGGCAGUGAAGGUCGGAGAUGAAUUUAUUAAAGGAAUGGAGUCAAUGCUGCUGAAAUAUCACUUAAGAAAAAUUACCAAGUAG